UCUUCAUGGUAUCAGAGCCACAAGGUCCUUGAACCCUCUGUUAUACCUUUUCUUCCAUCCCAAUUCUCGUUUCAAUCAGAUCUCCUCUGCUACCCUCCAUUGACAGCCAUGGAAACCACACCGAAACUUAUUCCUAUCACUUUAACCGGUGAAAACUACUUCUAUUGGACAAAGGCUGCGAUGGCGGCUCUCAAUAGCAGAGGCUUAUGGGAACACAUCUCUGUUGAAAAGAAAGUUUCUCCCCCACAAGAGGUGGCCGCCGAAGGAGAAACACCGGAACAAGAACAACAACGUCUCAGUCGGAAUCGGCAAGUUCUGUCCGAUUUUAACAAGUGGAAACAGGAGGACAGUCAAGCCUUGGUCAUUUUGCAAGGCUCUUUGGAUGUGCAUCUCCUCCAAUCAUUCAUCUCUCAUGCUACAGCCAAGUCCCUUUGGGAAGCGCUGAACAAAGUUUAUGGUAAUCUUUCAAACGUUAGUCGUAUUUUCGAAUUAAAACGAAAAUUGUUUCAUCUUCAGCAGAAUGAUCAGCCAUUCAACAAGAUUCAAGGGGAGUUUUGUGCAAUUUGGGCUGAGCUUGAAGAAGUAAGACCCACUUCGUUGGAUCCACAAACAAUCAUGAAAAGAGCCGAGGAAGAUAAGGUUUUCUCUAUCCUUUCAACACUAAAUGCAUCCUACAAUGACAUGAUAUAUCAUGUUCUGCGUCAAAACAUCUUGCCGACGUUUGAGGAGCUGUGUAUGAUGAUAAAGAGAGAAGAGACUGGUCGAAAUUAUUUCACUGGCCCCCAUGAACUCGCCCACUAUGUUAGCAAACAUGUGAGUUCGACUGCCCCUGUCCGUGACCGUAAAACGUAUUACUGCGAUCAUUGCAAGCGUCAAGGUCACAGCAAGGAGAGGUGCUGGGCUCUUAACCCUCAUAUGAAGCCAGCCCGUUACAAAGAAGGCCCUCGCAAAGGAUCUGCUAUGACAGCCACGAAUGAGUCCGACAAUUCCAUCAGUUUGACUUCGGAGGAACUCAAAGGAUUGAAGCAUCUUUUGCAGUCGAUCAACAAGGACUCCGGAUAUUGACUCGGAAAGUGUCUUUGGAAAAGGAUCACGGAUGGGCAAUCUUUACUAUCUUGAAGACUCGCACUUUAGUUUUAU